UAAAGUGGUAUGCAUGUUAUGUUCCUAGUAGGUAUACACUGUACCUGGUACUGUUUCAGGAGGAGCAAAUCAUUGGACGGCUGGGAAUUCCGCAACACUCAAAGGAGUGAAGGUAUACACCAAUGUAUGAGUUGCCGAGUUAAUGAUGUGGAAUCAGGUUGAAUUCCUGUCUCUCUUAAGCUGCCCUCGUAUAAAUCCGCGAAAAACUUGUUUCUUUCCAGUCGCAUUUAGAACCGUCAUGUUGUUGUUGGGUAGAUCGUCGGUCGUCGUUUUACUCGCCAUCUUCUCAUCCUCGAUGUUUGGAACCUGUCGGGGAGAAGAAAUAUCAUUUCCAAUUCCAGUUCCGCCGCCGCCGCCACCGCCAUUCUCCUCUCAAAGUGUCGAUGAAUCUCUACCUGACUCCGGGCCUUUGAUCCAAAUCAUAUCCAACCAAGGUGACAUCCCAGAGUGCCAAAAGCAACCUCCGACCGUGAUUUCAUGUUCCAAAGCCAAGAUCAAUUUCAACAAGCUGAAUGGUGAACCAAUCACUUUACCUGAUGGAACAGAACUAUCCCUUAAAUAUGGAAACGACGAACUGAACCCAGGAGGGUUCUAUAACAGCGCCUUUUACGAGAGAUUUCAAGAAGAUUACGGAUCCUGUACCUUUACCUUUUCCAAGGAGGAAUUCUAUAUCAUAGGGAAUUGUCAAACUGGGAAAGGGUCUUACACCAUAGAGAGUUGUGGAAUUGGAUGCUUCUUAUAUUUGACUCGGGAUUUCAGUUCGAUUGGCUUCAUUGACCGAUAAUGAACGAUAACUUUGCCUUUAAACGUGUACCCACUACGUCGUGGGGAUGACCGCUCUUCUUUUCAUUCGAUUCCAUUCUUUCACCCGAUGGUUCAUGCGCCUUUCACUCCAAAUUGAUCCCGCUAGAAAUUAUGUCAGCUUGUUGUUCUGAGGCUGACGGAUACCAAUCCAAGAUCAAAAUGGCUCACCUGUUAUUCUAUCCGAACAAAAACGGAAAAAUACAAUCAGGCCUUUCCACCUUUCUCGUUAUUGUUGUCGUAAUUUCUUGAUCCUUUCAGGAAUUGUGCUGAUCCGUACGUAUAUUGUACAUAUGUUCAUCCUUUCCGUUUGUGAGUUCUUAGCUCGUGAUUUACCUGUUUUAGUCAUAUUCAUCUUAUUUAAUCUUGACGAGUGUGUGGUAUUUCCAAAUUGUAUUUAGUACGAGCAUAUAUCUCCAGGAUCUUAGCGCCUCAUUCACGCUCGUCAGGAAGAAAUGGAACCACGAAACCGACUGUUUUCUCUCUUUGGCAGAUAGCAAGUACGUAUAUAGAACGUAGACACCACACCACGUUCUACGAGAGGACAAUCGCCAGAUAAAACUACCCAAGAGACGCGUGCGACUGAAUGUGCCACGGCGUACGUAAGGACAAGAAAACCAAAGGCUCGUCAACGAGGACGCCGCGGUUAGAAGCGUGGAACCCAUUAGGUGAUGGAAUAACCAGCUUCGCUCAGCCAGCAGAACAAGGUAGGAGCGAAGACGUAUCAGACGUGUCCAAAUGGUCUUGAUAAUUCACGCAUUUGGGGGCGAAGCUUGAUCGUGGCGAGAAAAGUGUCCGACUGACUGUUGGUGUGGUAGGUUCGUGUUGGGUGACGCGUCCCUUGAUAACCUGCCUUGGUGCAUAGACUACAGUGACACAAGAUUGCUUCCGGUUCCGUGGAUUUCGUAAAUGGGCACUCCCAAGACGCUCGAAUGGGCCGCCGGGGGUGAGGGAAAUUGAGGAAAUGGCGAAAAGAAUCACCACACCGCACACACAAAGGACACGAAGAGGCGCAGGAAUGGCAGAUUUCCAUUGUGAGGAAAGUGUAGAAUAAAAAUGGACCAUCGCAACCCAUGCGGCUUGGCUCAAGUAGUCAUAGAGAUCCAUUUGGUGGCAAUAAUGUUUUUCGUCUAGCCUCGAAAUAAGCCAAGGAAAGUGGGAUCCUCAUGUGAAUGGUGUUAUUGGUCUGGGUGGCCUUCUUCAUCCUUUUUCCUCUCAUCUCGUUUUCUCCUUCCUCAGUUCCCGGUUCUUAUCGUCUUUGUGCAGUGUUGGUGGUAGUAGUAUUGGAGAGGGGGGGGGGUCAACAUGAUGUUUGGGGGCAUUCUCGGAACUAAUGGGGCUAUCCACCGGCCUCGAUUGUGUUUACUGGUUUGGUUUUUUGCGUCCAUUGUUUGCCCAUCUCAUGGCAUCGAUCUUAACUCGAGGCAUGGGUCCAAGAAUGGGGUUCGCACUAGAUUCGGCUUCGGCCGCCACGACGCCCAGGAUCGUUCCAACAUCAGUGUGGCGGUAGUCUUACCUUAUUCGACGUUCAUGGAGCGGGAGUAUAACAAACAAAUCCUCAAGGCAUCCAUGGGAUUAUCGGGUAUGAGAUUCCUGGACCAAUUCGUCGUUGCCCCGUACUUGGACAUGGUGCAGCCCAUUCCGGCACCCACGGAAGUUCUUCAAAAGAUCUGCGACAAUUUCUUGGCCAAUAACACAGCCGUUAUUCUAUAUUUCACCCAUAGCGAGAACUAUGGCCGAGAUUCGAUGGCCAGCCAAUACUUUAUGCAAUUGUCUCAGUACGUGGGGUUGCCUUUGAUUUCAUGGAACGCGGAUAACUCUGCUUUUGAACACGCGGCCAGCAGCGACCGCUUGCAAUUGCAACUAGCUCCCACGAUCAAGCACCAAGCCGCGGCCAUUUUGACGCUCUUGGAGCGAUAUGGGUGGAACUAUUUCUCCAUAGUGACGGGCGAAAUCGCUGGACAUCACAACUUUCAGCAGGUAUUACGAGAACUGGUCUUGCAUCGCCCGGAGGGUCACUCAAAGAAAGUGAUACUCGACACCGUUGUGUUCAAGGAAGCCUCUGAUUUAUCGGUUCUAGCCCGCUCUGAGGCCCGAGUGUUUAUUCUGUACAGCACGAACAUCGAAGCCAUUUCCAUCAUGAAGGAGGCCCGCCGUCUCCGACUCACGAGAAAGGCAUAUGUUUGGAUAGUGACUCAAUCUGUCAUCGGGAGCUCCCUUGACGCGCCCAGAGAGUUCCCUGUCGGAAUGUUAGGGGUUCACUUUAAUACGGAUAGGGCCACCAUGACAAGACAAGUCAAACCUGCCAUGGAUGUCCUGGCCCACGCUCUCGAUCGCCUCGUCACCGAUCCCAAUCUGAGUGAGACCGAGAAGAUGGCUGUCAUUCACUCCAACAUCUCGUGUGAUGGGCGAGGUCAAGCCAAAUGGGCCAAAGGAGAGCUUCUCUACCAGUUGUUGAGGAAUGUCAGCAUCUUGGACGGCAAAAGGGAUAGUCGAGAACCCGCGCUCGAGUUCAACAAGGACGGGUCCAGGAAGGCUGUGGAAUUGAAAAUUGUCAAUUUGCAACCAGAGGCCGGGGAUUUGGAGAACAGCCGAUGGGAGGAGAUUGGGGUCUGGAAAUCAUGGACCAAGCCGGCCAGGUCUUUGGAUGACAACCCACCGAAACUUGACACUGAUCACAAUACCAAAAACAGCAACAACAACAACAACAACAACAACAAAAGCAACAGCUAUUCCACUCCAAGUUCGGUGAAAAACGAGAAACUUGCCAGAGCCAAAUUGGACGAGAGGCUCACAUUUGGAGGUGGACUUGACAUCAAGGACAUUGUGUGGCCAGGGAUGGCUCUCAAACCCCCUGAAGGCAUUCCAGAAAAGCGAUUCAUUCGAGUCUCAUUUCUAGAAGAAGAUCCAUACGUGCUCCUCACGCCCCCGACGACAUGCGGAACAAACAAGGGUGUCGUAUGUCAAAUGGUCGACUAUUCCGAGUUGAUUGGGGUCAACACCACCGAGGAAAAGAGUAAAGUGAACUCAACCAUGUUCCAGUGUUGCUCUGGGUUCUGUGUGGAUUUGCUCCUCAAAUUCGCCCACGAUCUUAGCUUCGAUUUCCACAUGGUUCGAGUUCGCGAUGGCAAUUGGGGCGGAGUUGCCAAUGGGAAAUGGAACGGACUUGUGGCCGAGCUAAUCAAUCACGAAACCGACAUAGUCAUGACUUCGCUGAAAAUCAACUCUGGUCGUGAAAAAGUGAUCGAUUUCUCUGUGCCAUUUCUCGACACCGGGAUCACGAUCCUGGUGGCCAAGCGAACCGGCAUCAUCUCGCCCACAGCGUUUUUGGAACCUUUCGACACGGCCAGCUGGAUGCUCGUGGCCUUGGUGGCCAUUCAGGUGGCGGCAGGAUGUAUCUUCUUUUUUGAGUGGCUCUCUCCAGCUGGUUACAACAUGAAGUUUCAGGUUCAGUCGGAUCAGGGCCGAUUUUCAUUUCUCCGGACGUUGUGGCUGGUUUGGGCAGUCUUGUUCCAAGCCGCUGUGAAUGUGGAUUGCCCCCGAGGAUAUACGGCCAGAUUCAUGGCCCAUGUUUGGGCCAUGUUUGCCCUUAUCUUCUUGGCCAUCUAUACUGCCAACUUAGCUGCAUUUAUGAUCACUCGAGAGGAAUUCACCAACUUAUCCGGACUAGAGGACAGACGCCUUACGAAUCCACAAUCCACGAAGCCACCCUUUCGUUUUGGAACAAUCCCCAACGGAGCCACAGAUUACGUCCUCAAGAACAAUUUCCCCGAAAUGCACUCCUACAUGAAACAGUUCAACCGCAGCACGGUGAAAGAGGGCUUCAAGUCCAUUAAGACCGAUCAAUUGGACGCCUUCAUCUACGACGCCACUGUUCUGGAAUAUCUCGUCGGUCAAGACGAUGAAUGCAAUAUCCUGACCGUGGGCUCGUGGUACGCCAUGACCGGCUACGGCGUAGCCUUUCCCAAAGGAUCCAAAUGGGUGCCCCUCUUCAAUGAGUACCUCAUGAGCUACCGAGAAAACGGUGAUUUGGAACGCAUGCAGAGAUUUUGGUUCACGGGAGCCUGCGAACCCAAAAAGCGAAGACGAACCUCGAGUAAGCCAUUAGCUCUGGCCCAAUUCACAUCCGCGUUUAUCCUGCUGGGACUCGGCAUCAUUCUAUCUGGAGUGCUCCUUCUUUGUGAACACGGCUAUUUCAAAUAUCUGAGACCACAUAUGAGUGAAUUUCGUCGAAAGGACUGGAUUUCCCUCAUCAGCUUGAGCGUGGCCGACAGUCUAAAGGACGGGAACAAGGUCUUCCGCUCACCAAAGCUCAAAAGCCAUAGUCUGCCAGAUCAAGGGUGCAAGCAACGAAUCUCAGGGGCUCAGCACGAUUUGACCUCCGCCAAAGAGCGAAUCAAGCUCCUCGAAGGGCAAUUGCAACAUCUCCGAUCCAGAUUGCCGCUUCAAAGGCAAUCCAGCCAGCCAUCAGUGAUGAGUGACGACCACGCUCUGGAUUGCGUUUCUUCGGAGCAGGAAGACUUUGAACUGUCGUGCGAAGAUCGGGAUUGGCGUUUGCAAAUAUCCACUGAGCAAUUACUCAAACAAAUGCCUCGUCUUAGAAAGCUCAAGGGUAAUGGAGCCAAUGAAUUUGAAACUGUUCUCUGAGCCCAAGGUUGUGGGUUGUCUACAUAAGAAAUGUGUACAAGUGCACGUGUACAAGUAGCAUGUAUGAACAUUUUCAUUUGAAAAAAAUCACUCACAAAACGAAGAAAAAAAAGCAAGGGUUCGUUUUUGAAUCAUGCUUUUAUUCCCUUACUUUCGA